AUAACUGUAUAGAGAUGAAAUUUGACCGCGUGCUCCACGAAACAGAUCACAUACAUGUAUAUUACAUCUAAAAAAUGUUUGAAAGUGUCUCGCUAUUUCCAAUUGUUCUUGCGAUAAUUGUGUGUUUUCUUAUUCAUCGACUUAUAUUCAACAAACGGAAAUAUGACCCGCCGUUGCCACCAUCUCCAGGGGCUCAGAUUCCGGUUAUUGGUCACUUCCACUUGCUUGAUAUGGAUAUGAGACAACCACUGAAGAAACUACGGAAGAAAUGUGGGGACAUAUAUUCUUUGCAAAUGGGAAGUAUUCCGAGCGUCGUAAUUUCUGGAUAUGACGCCGUUAAAGAUGGAUUUAAGAUACAAGAUUUAUUUACAGACCGGCGCUACAUGUAUGUCCUCGAUAAAGUUACGAGGGGUGGUAAAGGUAUUGGUUUUGCCAGAAACGAAUCGUGGAAGGAGAAUAGACGAUUUACACUCAGUACUUUAAAGGACUUCGGCAUGGGUAAAAGCAUUCUUGAGGGGGAAAUCCACGAAGAGACGAAAUAUCUCCUUGAAGAAGUCGGAACUUUUGAGGGUCGUUCUUUUGAUCCACAUGAAUUACUCGCCGUGCAUGUGUCGAAUAUUAUAUUCUCCCUGGUGUUCAAAGGGUCGUUCAAAUAUACAGAUCCAAGAUUCAAAGAAAUGAUCAAAAUGCUUGACGAAAACAUGAGGUCCAGUUCGGGUGUGGCUAACUUUUUUCCAUGGGCAGCGAGAAUACCUGGCGAUUUUCUUGGAGUCUCCAAAACCUUCAGUAAUGCUGAAAAGAUAUAUGAAUUCUGUGAAAACAUUAUCAAGGAACACGUGGAGUCGUAUGAUGAAAACUGCAUCGAUGAUUUGACAAGCGCAUAUAUCAAACAGAUUAAAAGAUUUGAAGAAAAUGGUGAAUCGACAACGAUGAAUUAUGAGUUUCUGGCGGGUCUCAUUGCGGAUUUGUUCUUCGCUGGGUCAGAGACCAGUACCACUGCAUUGCGAUGGGCUUUGGUGUUUCUCGUGGAAUAUCCGGAAAUGCAGGAACGAAUGUUCUCAGAAAUAGAGGCACAUGUAGGGACUUCUAGGUUACCAUCGGUUAAAGACAGGACAGUUCUGACAUACGUGGAGGCCUUCUACACGGAGAUCCUCAGAUUUUGUGACCUUGCCAUCGUGGGCGGGUUCCAUUCGACGCCAGUAGACGUGGUGUUUAGAGGAUACACCAUCCCGGCCAAUACUUUGGUCAUACCGGAUCUGUCUUCUGUUCAUUCAGACCCUAAAAUAUGGGGAGAUCCUGAGACCUUUCGGCCAGAAAGGUUCCUGGAUGACAGUGGCAACAUUGUAAGAAGGGACGAAUUCAUGGCCUUUAUGAUCGGAAAGCGCAGCUGCGUUGGAGAAUCUCUUGCACGAAUGGAAAUGUUUCUGUUUCUCAGCGCUCUGGUCCAGAACUUUAAGUUCGAAAGUCCUCCGGGAACUGAAAUCUCGUUCGCUGCAACAGACGGACAGUUUGGAUCAGCCCAUUGCCCUAAGCCAUACAAGAUCGUUGCAAAAGCUCGACUUUAGGGAAAAUGUUUCCACACUAUGUAGUACACUAAUAAUUUACAUGAUUGUGACAAUUUUCUAAACUCAGUUUUUAUAUCAUUUACUAUAUGUCUAUGUAGUAUACUAGUAAUUUGCAUGAUUAUGACAGUUUCCUAAACUUAGUUUUUACUUCAUUUACUAUAUGUCAAGUUAUUGUUUAUGUAAUAAAAUGUCUUUAAAGAUGG